AUGCCCGCGACAACUUUUCCAGAGCUGGGCCCAAAUCAUAGCAGAUCGCCCUGUGUUGUUGGCUUCGUUACCCAAAGGCCGGCAACACCUGGGUACCUCUCCUCCCUGACUGGUGCUGCUCAAUCCAGCCAUGCUCUCCGUCGUCAAACAGCCGGUCAAUUCGGGCCCGAUCUUGCGAAGAAGCUCACCCAGCUGGUGAAGAUGGAGAAAAACGUCAUGCGUAGCAUGGAGCUCGUUGGACGUGAGCGUAUGGAGGUCGCCCAACAACUCUCUAUCUGGGGCGAGGCUUGUGACGAUGAUGUUUCGGAUGUCACGGAUAAGCUCGGAGUUCUGCUCUAUGAGAUUGGUGAGCUCGAGGAUCAAUAUGUUGACCGCUACGACCAAUACCGUGUGACCAUCAAGAGCAUCCGAAACAUUGAGGCUUCCGUCCAGCCUAGCAGAGACCGAAAGCAAAAAAUCACCGACCAGAUUGCCCAGCUCAAGUACAAGGAGCCAAACUCCCCCAAGAUUGUUGUCCUUGAGCAGGAACUCGUUCGUGCCGAAGCCGAGUCCCUCGUCGCUGAGGCCCAGCUUUCCAAUAUCACUCGGGAGAAGCUGAAGGCUGCCUACACCUACCAAUUCGAUGCGCUCCGUGAACACUGCGAAAAGCUUGCUAUCAUCGCCGGCUAUGGAAAGCAUAUGUUGGAGCUCGUGGAUGAUACCCCCGUCACCCCAGGCGAGACUCGGCCUGCAUACGAUGGAUACGAAGCCUCCAAGGCCAUCAUCCAAGACUGUGAGGAUGCACUUACCAACUGGGUUUCAAAGAAUGCUGCUGUCUCGUCUAAACUCUCCACCCGCUCGCGCACACUUUCUCAACGCCGCCGCAACAAUAUUAAGCGCAACGCCGAAGGCCAUGACCUCUCCGGACAAGAUGCCCCUCUCAACGACAACGACUCUUGGGUCCCAGCUAGCGCUCACAGAGGCGAGGAGUAUGAAGACGAAGAGGAUGCUGGUUCAAUCCAGGAGAGCGCCAUAAACGGAGAAACACGUGGCCGCCAGGAAGCCGUCCCCAUUUGA